AAAUCAACGCAUGAAGCGAACUGAAACUCAUCGUCUUCAUCUUCUCCGGCGAGCUUCAAACUAUAAAUAGCCCCUCUUUUUAGUGUUCAUUGCAUCGAACCCAAUAUCCAUAAUCAUCUCUUCUUUCAGUCAUCAGCCAAUCACGAUGAACCCUCACAUCCUCCACUUGACGUUUCCGGCGCAAGGCUCCAUCAACCCAUCUCUCCAGUUCGCCAUAAACCUCGCCAAAAUGGGCGUCAAAGUCACCGUUCUGGGCAGCCUCUUCGCCCACCGCUGCAUGUCCGAAGCCUGCUCCUCCGCCGAUGGCUUGAAAUUGCGCGCCUUCUCCGACGGUUACGACGACGGCUUCAAACCUAGCGACGGCGACCACGAAAGGUUCUUCUCCCAGCUCGAAACCUGCGGCUCCGAAGCCUUGGCCGAAGUCAUCGCCGCCAGUGCCGCCGCCGGCAGUCCGGUGACAGCUCUCGUCUACACCAUGGGCAUGUCAUGGGCAGUCAAAGUCGCGGAUUCGUUUCGAAUACCGUCUGUAGUUCUCUGGAUUCAACCGGCCACUGUUUUGGGUAUCUACUUCUAUUUCUUCCACGGCCAUGGCGCAAUUAGAGAACUUGGCAACGACCCUUCAAGCUCCGUUCAGUUACCAGGCCUCCCGAAGCUCAGUCACCGGGACCUGCCAACCCUUCUCGAUCCUUCGAGCUUGGACUCAGCCACUUUUAUUAGUUUCGCAUUACAACGAUUCAAAGAGCAGAUUGAAGCACUGGAUGCCGAUCCCAACACAAAAAUACUGGUGAACACUUUUGAUCGAUUGGAAUCAGAGGCCUUGAGAGCCGUUCAAGGGCUUAACUUGGUGCCGAUCGGACCAUUAAUCCCAUCAUCGUUCUUGCGCGGAAGAGAAUCAAGAGGUCAUCAUCCCUCCGACACUUCAUAUCUUGAGUGGUUGGACUCGAAGCCCGAGGCUUCGGUUGUCUACGUCUCGUUCGGAACCGUCGCAGUGGUAUCAGAGAAGCAAAUCGAGGAGAUGGCAACUGGGUUGCUCUCAACCCAUCGGCCAUUUUUGUGGGCGAUAAAAACUCCUGUGAGUCACGGAGAAGAGCUAGAAGAGAAGGGGAUGAUAGUGCCGUGGUGCUCCCAAGCGGAGGUCCUUUCCCACCCGUCUCUGGGCUGUUUCGUGAGUCACUGCGGCUGGAAUUCGACCCUGGAGAGCUUGGUCGCCGGCGUUCCGGUGGUGGGCUUGCCGCAGUUCACGGAUCAGCCGACGAAUGCGAAGCUUGUUGAAGAUGAAUUUAAGACGGGGGUGAGGGCGAGAGCGAACGAAGAUGGAGUAUUUGAAGGUGCAGAGAUCAAGAGGUGUGUGGAAAUGGUUUUGGGAAGGGGCGAGAAGGGGAAAGAACUGAAGCGGAAUGCCGAGAAAUGGAAGGCUCUGGCGAAAGAAGCCACCAUGGAAGGCGGAUCCUCGUACUUGAAUCUGAGGAAUUUCUUCAUCGAUGGGCUGCUUCAAGAUCAAGUUACACAGUAGAAGAGAUCCAUCUCUUUGGCCACCAAUUCUGUUUACGAUUUAUUUAUUCAGUUCCUCUCAUCUUCUUGUGUUUCUCUUCAGUUCCUAUUAACAGUAAGUUUGUGUUUUUAUUCAUGCAUUUGUAAAUUAGUUUGUCAAAGUCAUUCUGACACUCAGUUGUGAUUUUCUUUUUUUGGUGCCACUCACUUGUGAACACAGAUGUAUUAUAGGAAGAGUGAGAAGGGGAUGAUGAUGAUGAUGAUGAUGAUGAACUCAAGUCGAAUUUGGGUUCAUAGAGGUUAAGUCGAAUUUGAGUUCACAGAGGUUUGUUUGGGAUAAACCCAAACAAUUUAUUUUGCUUUUAAACUCGAGAUUAGUUAAACCAUAUUAGACACUUUUCUAUUUGAAAAGUGGGCCAUGAAAAA